GUUUCGGUUGAGACCCGAGUCUUUGGCGUGCGCAUCACCAACGCGUCUCCGUCAGCCAUCCACAGAAUGGGCUCCGGCCUUUCAUCCAUCUCGCUGCGGCUACCCAAGGCGGCUGGAAGACGUUGUGCCAGAGACGAUGAGGCCACUGAGAGGUGGGCAAGACGACAGUGUGCAAACACACAGGCGUAAGCAGCAUGUGCACUGGCGCUAAUUUGGGCUUCUUCCUCCGCCUUCCUGCGCAGCGUCCCGGGCAGGCAGGAUGGCUCUUUGCAGAUUCCGUCGGCAGAGGAGGGCAAGCCAAAGGCGACUCUUGACCAGCAAGGGACCAUGGCGAGCAGCGGGCCUCGCCGCAAGAGCGUGACGGUGCCUGUGGUGGAGGGCGACUCUACCGUGAGAUUUCAGGAGGUACCAAAGAAAGGAUGCACUUUGGCAUGAAUGGCUGCAUGGCCUGGCAAUACAUUCAUGUGUGUAGGUCACGCUGCCCACGACGCGUACUCUACUUCAGUUGCGUAUCGAGAAGGUGCCGAAUUGCACCAUCCCCAUCCAUCCAUACUCCAACGUGAGCAAGAUAUGGAGCGUCGCUGUAGCCAUCCUGCUGAGUGAGUGAGGGAGGGAGAGAAGAGGAGUGGAUGUGCACAGACCACAUGCACCGACACAAACAUGCCAUGUGUCUCCUAUGCGUGUGCGCGCGUCAGUGUAUACGGCGUCGGUCAUGCCUUAUCGGAUCUGUUUCCUCGAGAUCACCAAGAGGGGCGAUUUCAGCAACCCAUGGACGACGAUUGAGAUUAUCGUUGACGUGGGAUUCUUCACCGACGUCAUAAUGAACUUUAAUACAGGGUGGGCGCUUACGUUAAAAGUUCAUUCAUUCCACCCUCGCCCGGAAAGAGAGGAAUGGACGUACUUACAUUUGUCGACGUGCUGAUGUGUCUGCAGGUAUUUUGAUAGCGAAGGGAAUGCUGUCAUGGACAGCAGAGAGAUCGCCAAGAACUAUGCCAUGACAUGGUAUGAAAUGCGCCUCACAAAGACAAGCGUGGGAAGUCAUGUCUCUCCGCCUGUAGGUUCCUCCCUGAUCUCAUUGCGUGUCUGCCGUUCACUUGGCUGUCGGGGUCUGGCGAGUCGGAAGACACCAAGGAAUUCGACUGGAACAAACUCGCACGGUGACCGCCCCACGUAUGCGCUUUGCCAUCGUGUGAGACGUCUUCUCUAUGAUCUUCUCUGCAGGCUGGGUGUUCUGAAUCGUGUCUUUCGAAUGCUGAAAAUCCUCCGCCUCUUCAGGCUUGUCAAGGUGAUGCAGAGCCCAUACGAAGCGACAAUGCUGUCUGUCCACUUCAUUUAACGCGUCUUGUUCCUGACCAGGUGCUAAAGAUAUUCAAGAAAAUCGAAGACAUCACUGCAGGCGCCACCAUGGAACAAGCCAGACUUUUUGGAUUUCUCAAGUUUUUAUGUGGGAUGCUGGUCUUCGUUCACGUCAUCGGUUGCUUCUGGUACUUCUCGGUCGGUGAGGGAGUAUACAUUCCUGAGAGCAUCUUCACUGCUGUGUGGCUUUGCACGGUGCCCCAGGCUCGUCUUGCGAAUUUUCACGAUGACACGUGGGUGGUGCGCCACUUUUCUCAGGGCAUUAUCGGCAAUGAGGAGGCGCACAAGGAGUUCUCACUGGCGUCAAAGUACCUCGCGUCAAUCUACUUCGUAAACAGACAGAAGGGACACUGAGUGUCUGAUGGCCCGGACAAUGUGGGCGCGUGCGCGCCUGUAGGUGUUGGCCACGCUGACCACCAUCGGGUUUGCCGAUAUAAUCCCCUUCACGAAUGCGGAAUACUGCUUCGUCUUUGCUUUGAUGUGCACUGGGGUGGGUGAGACACAAGGGCUAUCGACAGACAGAGACACGCAUGUACGCUGUGUGUCCUCCCUGCACAGGUCGCCUUCUACACGACCUCCAUCUCGACCCUCACCAAUGUCCUCUUCUCCAGAGACGCGAGGCAGCAAGCUCUUAAGGAGAAGUGAAGACACACACACAAUCAGCCAGCUAAGCGUAUUUUUGCAUCAUUUAAGUGUCUGUCCUUGAAUGUGUUUUCCUGAAGGCAGUUGGUGCUCAAGACCUUCGCCUCUGAGACACGACUGCCACGUGACACAUACCAGGAGCUCAACCGAAACCUCGAGCACCUCACGGUCAGUCAGUGGGACACUCGCUGCAUUGGGCGGCAUUGCGUGGAAGUGGCUUGCCCGUUUAUUGUUCUGUGAUACAGCACAAAGGGAUGACCUCGGACAUCCGUCGGGCCUAUAACGCCCUAAUGCAGGAGUUUCCCAUCCGUGACCGAUACAGGAUGGCCUGUGCCAUGCACCAAGGCAAGCACACCAGCACGUGCAGAUGCAUGCGGAUCACCCCAACGCAGAAUAGUGGGAGAGAGUGUGUGUGUGUGUGUGUGUCAGGUCGGCACAUGGAGAUUCCCUUCUUCGCUGACCGCAAGGACGACGAGCUGUCUAUUGCCAUGGUAAGGAGAGUGAACCAGGGAAUGGGAUACACACACAUCCGGUCAGUGUUCCUUGUAUGACGACUGACUGAUAGGUGGCCCCUCGUCUCCGUCUGGUUCAGUUCCUUCCAAUGGAGAUCAUCUACCACAGAGGGGACCACCCUGGUCAGCUUGCCAACGCCUCAGCUCUUGUUCACAAGCUUGUUCACAAGCCUAAUCGCGCGUUCUGUGCUGUCAUUUUGCAUGUGUCUCUUCCUCAGUGAAUUGUUACUUCCUCUGCAAGGGCACGGUGGGCUAUCUGAGCGGCGGCGAGUGGGGACACUUUCCUUACCAGCUGCUGCCAGUAAGAGGGGGAGAGAAGAAUGCAUGGAGCACCAUAGCGACACUGAAUGGUGUGCGUCCCGGCUGACUCACUCAGCACGGAUCGUAUUUUGGUGAGAGUGAGAUCAUGGUCCCGGCCAAGAGACAGUACACGGUCAGAGCGGAAACCAAAUCCGAGUGCCUCGUCAUCUCAAAAAAGGUACACAGACAUUCCAUCCUCUAUACUUUGAUGUACUUCGUGGCAUUGCUUGUGGAUCCUGUCCUGCAGGAUCUCUUCACGGUUUUUCUUGAGUUUCCUGAAAUCGCCGCUGAGCUCCGUGAGACGGCAUUGGCGAGGGAGGAGAAGGCAAGAAAACGAUCGAUGCUUACGAGAAGGUGACACUGCAUGUCUGCUGAAGACUCGCAUCCCAGGACGAUUUACUUUGUUUGUCUCCUUCUUAGGGCCCCGCGUAGCCCAUCCCGCAAGAGGACGAUGGAGCGGCGGUCGCAGUCGUGCCUCGACAUCGGCUAUGAGAGCUCGUCUCUCUUCCUGGAGAGCCCCCCCGGUCCCCUGUCAGCCGUCUCGCCUGUGGCAAAAAGGCAGGAGGAGCCGCGGACAGUACCAGUCAAGCUCAGGCAGAAGAGCGCCACUGAGGACCUGACGAGCUCGGCCUCGUCCAGUGCGGUUGCCACUGCUGACACCGAUGGGGACCCGGUGCUCAGUAAGAGUGCGGUGGAGACCGGGAAGGAGAUGGAGGGACCUGGGCAGAGGUAAGAAUAGAUAGACAGGAAUGUGGUCAAGGCCAAUCCGUGUCUCGACUGUUGGUGGCUUCCAAUCAGGUCCACCAUCCGCACUGUGUCCUUCACUCCCGGCGACACGCAAGCACCAAGCCGUCCGGCCGGCCGUCAGAAGCAAGAGGCCCCCCUGCACAGCAGCCCUCCUCCCAUGCUCACCGGCACGUCCGCUCAUCCCCCCACACCCUGCAAUGAGCAGGACGGAGACACCACCCCUUUGUGGGUGCAGGAGCUCGUCACGAGUGCCGUCAUAGAGCAGACUGAUGCUGAUGCUCCCGUGCCUUGUGCCGACAGGCAGGAGACACAGUUCUUGUGUGGCGGGUCGUCUCAUGCGCAUCUUGUCGAGGUGCCCACGAGGGCGCCCACUGUUGAGGACGUGCCGGUGUUGCACAGCGAACCGGUCACGGGGCGGGCUGGGUCGAUGGCUGGUGCUCAAAUGGCGGGUAUGUUCAAAUGGGAAGGAGCGCGGACCACCAAUCCCCUGUUUCGGAGCUUCCAUCAAUCCGCCGACGAGUCCCGGCGGUAAGGCACUGCUGUCUCUCUCUGUGUGCGUGUUCAUGUGUCUUUGUCUGUGUGUCUGUCUGUGUCUGUCUGUGUGUCUAGUGGUUCUGCCAGCGACUUGCAGCUGGGUGCUCUGCAUCCUCCUGUCCUUCCGCAGAGUGUGUCUGAGAGACUCGUCAAGUAUGACAACAAUGCUGGAGCGAGCAGUGACCUGGCGUCUCCAUCGAGGGCUGGUGUGCCGACAUCGACGGCCAUACUGGCGGGAUGCACGGCGUCACUCAAGAUCAUCCAGGAGGUGAGCGACCACAGCAGUGGAUGCACUGCACACAUCCGAUGAGGCGUCCGUCAUGUCUCAUCGGAUGUGGUCAUGUCUCCUAUGGGGUGUGUGGGUGUGAUGGAUCCAUUUGUUCCCUGAUGCAGGAGUGCGACAGAGUGCGGAAGGCCUUGGAUGACAAGGCGGCUACGCAUACGGGGGGUGGUGAUGCUCUGGGGAUGGCUGACGUACUAGCCAGACUGACCAACAUCGAGGCACAGGUGUGCAAGAGAGGAUGCAUCGCAUCCAACGCAUGAUAUCAUGCACGGGCAGGGGUGUGUGUGUGGGUGCGCAUUUGUGUAGAUUCGGGUGGCCUCGUCGUGGCAGAAGGCCUUCACCGAAUCGCAGGUGAGUCAGUCGAAACUGGGGCAGCGUACGUGCGCAGGGUGUGCUAAGUGUGUCUCUCUGGCAGAUCGAGGUCAUUAAUUUCCUGAAGGGAUUAGACUUCAACUUGCAGAUGAUCUUGGCAGUAGUCAAUAGAGACUGACUAGCUAUUUCGUGGGUGUGACUGGGUGUGUUGUGUGAUGCUUCCCGCAUAGACAGACAGAUGUCUUUAUGUGUGUACUGUACUGCACUCCCCGAGGCCGCCCGGCGCUGCCAUCAUUUUGGCUGUGCAUGGUCGACGG